GCGGUGCGAUUGUGCUGCAUCGCGCGUUGGUGCUGCGCUGCUGAAUUCAAAAUCCAGGGAGGCGACCCUCAGCAAGGCGGGAUGUCAGCUGCACCGACUCCACAGUAGCGUGUAUACAAUCAACGAACGUGUAUAGGGCAAUGUCGUAACUAUAAUAUCCUCCCCUGUCGCCGUGCCAUGCGCGAUUAGCGAAACAACAUGCCUUGCAGAGAAGUCAUAACUUUGCAACUCGGACACUACGCAAACUUUGUGGGCUCUCAUAUUUGGAAUUUGCAAGAAGCCUGCUUUUCGUACAAGCCAAAUGACAAGAAAAUACCUCUGGAGUUUGCCCACGACACCUUUUUCCGGGAGGGAAGAAACCCCAAGGGUAACGUGACGUACACACCACGUCUUCUCAUUGCCGACUUACAAGGAAGCUUAGGAAACCUGAAGGCAACCGGUUGUCUUUAUGACCCUCCGUCAUCAUCAGCCAAUGAAGUCAUUGCUUGGUCUGGUAAAGUCACCAUCCACAAGGCCGAACCAGAGACAAAAGUUCCAAGUGGCUCCAGAGACAAAGAUGUACAACGGUUUCCUGCUGACCAGGACAAAGAUGUUUGCCGAGCGGACCCCGUGCAUCAAUCGAGUAGGCAAGUGGAAUCCAAGAAGGAGCCAGUGCAGCUGUGGUCAGAAUUUCUUAGUGUCCAUCUGCAUCCUCGCACAAUUCACCUGAUUACACGCUAUCUGCACAACAAUCCAGAUGAUCCCUUUGACCUGUUUGGGAUAGGAAACCAGUGUGCGGAAGAUCCCGAGUGGCAGAACAGUUUCAUGGAUGAUGUGCGCUGGUUUGCAGAAGAUUGUGAUUCUCUUCAGGCUUUCAACAUUCUACUUGAUGGCCACAAUGGUUUUACUGGCUUGACUAGCAGCCUUCUGGAGAUCCUUCGCGACGAUUACCCAAACAAGUCCUUUGUCUGCUGGCCUCUCUAUCAGCCUCUCCACAAUAGCAUCAAUGAAUCACGUGUUGCCCUUGACAUGGCACACCGUCACUUCAACACGGUCAUGUGCUACCACAGCCUCAACCGACUGUCUUCGGCCUUCUGUCCACUGAGUGUAUCUAGCAGCCACUUUCAGCCCCUUCUUCGGGACUUCAAGCAUCUCAAGUUGGGAGCUGGCCUGCCUCACUACAAUACUAGCGGUGUCCUUGGCCUGGCCCUUGACAAUAUCAUGUGCGCUCUCAAGCUGAAAAGCCAACCUCUGGAAAUGCCUGAGCUCUUUGGCCAGCUCUGCAGCCCCAGCAAAAAGCUGUGUGUGCUGGGAAUGGGCCUGCCCCUUGGUCUCGGUGAGCUCCAGCUGCUGGCAGACUGGACCCAAGGCAGCAGCCUCGUAAUGCUCACCCCGGGAGCUGGCAGCCCUGCACCGUCGGCAACUAACCUGGCUGUGAUGAGAGGGUGCAAUGCUAGCAUGGUGUCCAAAUUCCCACGCCGGAUACAGGAUCCCAGUGAAGUGCUGUGGAGAUUUGCAGAACGUGUGUGCGAAGGAUCCCUUACGUGGUUGAGGGACGUGGAAAAUCCGUCCCGCCUUGUCUCCCAUACCUUUCCGGACAUCUUUGGGCCAUUUGUUACUUCAACUGGCCUUAUUUCUUGCCAAGCUAGAGGGGCACAAACAAGCGUUGACUACGUUCCCUCAGUGACAUGUCUGCAAAAUGGAUUGGCAGCCAGCGAUGUGGUCUCCGAAGUGGUGCAUUGGGGAAGACGGUUGGACUUGGGACGCUUUCACCGUUGUGUGGUUGCUGGGACUGAGCCCGAUUUGUAUCGCGAAGCUCUUCACACUGUGCAGGAACUGGGGAGCAGCUGAAGACCUCUUUGAGCUGUGGUCUUAUUGUAACUAUUUGGACAAAGAGAAGGAAGCAUCAUGCAUUGCUUGAAAAGAUGUGUCAUAAAAACACUGAACGCCUCA